CUCACCUCCCACGGUGUCCCCUCGGGGGCUUGCUCUCUGAGAAACCUCAGGCGCCCCAGAGGGAUCCAAGUUGGUCUCAGGCCAUCCCUGGUUCGGCGGACCCUUCUCCUGCUGGGGCCUCCGCUCCCAAACCCUUUGUGCGCUCCUCGGAUUUCUUCUUUACCUGCUGCUUCUGGAAAAGGGUGGGCCCUGUGUUCUCCCUGCCGUUGAGGUAUUCUGGGAAGCCGGAAUGACUGCAGAGAGAAAAGUGUGUGCCGUCCCCCAGAGGGGCUGUCUUCAAAGUUCCUCGGACUCCUAGAAGUUGUGUCAGUUGUCACUAACUUAGGAUGCGUGUCAUGUUCUCAGCGAAGGUUCUCCCUCCAGCCCAUCCCAGAGAAGAGAAUUCCAAACCGGUACUUAGGCCAGCCCAGCCCCUUUACACACCCACACCUCCUCAGACCAGUGAAUGAUACCAGUGUGUCUCUCAGUGAGGGCUUCCUUUCGCUGAUUCUUCAUCAGACUGGAAUUUCUGCUGGGAAAUCGGCUGAGACUCAGGAAAUGCAGCUCACCACUGAAACACACAAGAAAUCAGAGUUUUUCAAAGCUGUAAGGAGAGGUGACGCCAGGACUAUCUCAAGUGGAAUAUGCACUUCGCAGGCACAAACUAAUGUCUCUGAUCCAUAAGGAAACACAAGACCAGAGUGGGACAGACCAGACAGUGGUUCUGCUGUCCAACCCUACAUAUUACAUGAGCAAUGAUAUCCCCUAUACUUUCCACCAAGACAACAAUUUUCUGUACCUGUGUGGAUUCCAGGAGCCUGAUAGCAUUCUGGUCCUUCAGAGCCUCCCUGGCAAGCAGUUACCAGCACAUAAGGCCAUGCUUUUUGUGCCUCGGAGAGAUCCUAGUCGAGAACUUUGGGAUGGCCCACGAUCUGGCACUGAUGGAGCAAUAGCUUUAACGGGAGUAGACGAAGCCUAUACGCUGGAAGAAUUUCAACAUCUCGUACCAAAACUGAAAGAUGAGACAAAUAUGGUCUGGUAUGACUGGAUGAGGCCCUCUCACGCACAGCUUCACUCUGACUACAUGCAGCAGCUGACUGAGGUCAAAGCCAGGAGCAAGAAUAAAGUUCGGGCUGUCCAGCAGCUGAUACAGCGUCUCCGGCUGAUUAAAUCUCCUGCAGAAAUUGAGCGAAUGCAGAUUGCUGGGAAACUAACAUCACAGGCUUUCAUAGAGACCAUGUUUGCCAGUAAAGCUCCUGUGGAAGAGGGCUUUCUUUACGCUAAGUUUGAAUUUGAAUGCCGGGCCCGUGGUGCAGACAUCUUGGCCUACCCGCCUGUAGUCGCUGGAGGUAAUCGGUCAAACACUUUGCACUAUGUGAAGAAUAAUCAGCUCAUCAAGGAUGGAGAAAUGGUGCUGCUGGAUGGAGGUUGUGAGUCUUCUUGCUAUGUGAGUGACAUAACCCGUACCUGGCCUGUCAAUGGCAGGUUCACAGCACCUCAGGCAGAACUCUAUGAAGCUGUUCUAGAGAUACAGAGAGAUUGUCUGACCCUCUGCUCCCCUGGGACAAGCUUGGAGAACAUUUACAGCUUGAUGCUGACACUGAUAGCACAGAAGCUUAAGGAGUUGGGAAUCGUGAAGAACAUUAAGGGAAAUAAUGCCUUCAAGGCUGCUCGGAAAUACUGCCCUCAUCAUGUUGGCCACUACCUCGGGAUGGAUGUCCAUGACACUCCAGACAUGCCCCGUUCCCUCCCUCUACAGCCUGGUAUGGUAAUCACAGUGGAGCCAGGGAUCUAUAUCCCAGAAGAUGACAGAGAUGCCCCAGAGAAGUUUCGUGGUCUUGGUGUACGAAUUGAAGAUGAUGUAGUGGUGACUCAAGAUUCACCUCUCAUCCUUUCUGCAGAUUGCCCCAAAGAGAUGAAUGACAUCGAACAGAUAUGCAACAGGGCCUCUUGACCCUCGCUUCAGCUCACGUGCAUCUCAGGUUUAGAGGGGGUGUAGAUCCGCAUCUGUGCACAUGUGCUGGCUGAGCGUCUCUGUGUGUAUGUUUCUACACAUGUUCCGUUUAGGAAUUAUGGCAAUUGUAUGAAUGUAAAAAAAUGUAUAUGUGACCUUUCUUUGUUUUAAGUAGCUAGAAAUCUGGAAAAUUGAAUUUUUGAAUGAUAUGUUACUACAACUUUAGUAACAUUAACUCUGUACAAUUAAUGACCAAGGCAGGUUUAAUUUUUAAAUGUACAGAACUAUCAUGGUUAUGUAUGUCCAUGCAUUCCAGUUAACACAAAUAUACAGAAAAUUUUCUCCUUUUCUCUAACUCUUUCCCUUUCUAUGCUUUUGCUGAGAUCUACCUAAUAUCGUAAGCUGUUUAUGAUGCUUAUAUUUUGAGCUAACCACCACUGUCUGCCUAUACUAAAAGCCACCUGUCAGUGAUUGUGGGUGGCCAGUACACAUCUUCCAUAACUCCUGUCCAUCUCUUCCAGAUACUACAUAUCUACUGGAGCCAUAUGAGCCCUUGUCACUGGUGUCCUGCAAUCCCACCAUUCAGCUCCAAUCCAGAUUCUGCGAACCCUAUUAAAACAGUUUUGAGUUUUCCUUGCUGUUUCAUUGCCAAUGGCCUGGAAAGUGUUUAGAUUCUUGAUGAGGGAAAAAAUGGAAGAGAAAGAAAAACAUACAUAUGUCUGCUACAGAACUGUACCUCUGUCCAUCCAUUCUCAAUCUGAAGAAAAUUCCUUUCCCAGGCAUCCACGGUAUCUUUAUAGAUUCAUAGGAUACUGAUCCUCAUAACACACUCUUGAACCUGCUGCCCUGGCAAAGGGUAGAUCCUCCCCUUACCCUGUUGAAGCCAGAGGAAUGACACCAGUUUUCAGAGAGCUGCUCCUGUUGCAUUCUGCAGUGUCAUCUAGUGCAAAAUAUGGAACUCACCCAGUACCCAUAAACAUCCUAUGAUCCUUUUAUUUCUCUGAUAUUAGCACUGGAAGGGCAGUAGGAAAGAGUCCUAUUUCCCUCAACACAGCAUUGGCUGCAUUCAUACAAGAACUCAGUUUGCAGAGUGAACAGGACUAGAUUAUUGCAAAUGGUUUAUUCAGAAGCUUCUGUCAUAGAACUAAUAUGUUCACCUCCAUUAAACCUGGAUAUAGGCCAAAGAUGUAUAAAACAUGUUGAUAGAGCAUAAAUUUGAGAUAUUUUAAGAAAGAAACAGGGUAGAUUAACACUCUCUUGCAGUGCUAGAGGUUUGCCUAUCUUAUGAGGGAAACCUAAGGUACAGAGCCAAAAGCAGACAAGCAGCAACUUCAUCAGGAGACAAAGAUAAUGCUAUAAAUCAGAGUGAUAUAGAUGCUGUCCUGCCAGUGCUCAGCCUUGAAUGCUCUGGCUUUGCUAAACAGCUGUGGGAAUGGAUGGCCACACAGCUGGACAGCCACAAUCCCUGGGCCUGUCCUCCCCACGUCCCUCCAACUUCUCGGUCCUAUGUUCCUUUCUAAAAGGGUACUGAAGACAGAUCCACAACUCUAGCUUCUCACCGUCUGGGCUUCUAUGGCCCCAACAACCCUUUCCUUGAAUUGAGUUUCCUUAGUUCAUUUACAAUCCUGGAAUAAGGAAUUUCCUUUUCUUCCUAUAAAUUAUUUUCAGUGGUCUUCAACUUUCUAGCUAAAAGCCUAGGUGGCUUUUAUGUAUAGCAGCACAUCUGGACAUGAAACAGACUUCUGGUUAGAUUCUAAUCAAGUUCUGCAGGUGUUGUGAGCCCUGCUUAGAAUGGCUAUGCAGAAUUCUUCUGGUGAUUUUUAAUCCCUGACCCAAGCACGUUGUCCUUUGAGUCAGUAGCUAAGCAUUGAAUCAGAGUAUCAGAACCAUUGAGAGAUGGCAUAGUGUUUGAGGGCUGUCUGACAUAUUCAGGAUUUGUUGAGCACAUGUGGUGCACAGUGCAGGAAUCUCAUUCAUUUUUAGCCAUACUACAGACAAGCCCCGCAUUUCCUCCAAGUCUAAGCAUAAUAAAUACUUCAUAUAUACACCAGGCUCUCCUAAUGAAAACCUGGAUUUUCAGAAGUCCUUCAAAUGUUACACUGGAGUUUUUCUUCCUCAGUUAAAGAGAGAUGGUUGGGUCAUUAAUAAUGCCAUCUAAGUGAAGGAAGCAUGUCUCGAUAGCCUCUGUCGCUUACUUUUGUGCGUUUGCCUCAAGAAUUGCUGUUUUUCCGUAGAUCAGGAAACAGACCGUGUUUUCUAUUUGAAAUGCAGUAGUAGCAAUUGCUGGAAUAGAAACCUUUCCCUCCCCACAGCCAUGGUAUCCACACUAGGAAGGUACUUCUGGUGGCUGAAAGUUCUCUCUGGGUCUUCUUUCAAAACACCAUUAUUUUUUCACCAAUCUUGUAAGGUCAGAAAGGGAAAGUUCCUACCAUAGACAUGAUGUCUUAAUUUGAGAUGAAGAUCCAUAAAAUAAGAAAAUCCCAGAUGAAGACAUUGUUACUCAUUAAGAUAGAAAAAUUGGGCUGUGUUACAUUUUUCAAAGCCAGCCCUCAUAUGUGACACAGAAGUGCUGCCUCUUCUCCUGUGUCUGUGUCAGAGCUCACAAGUACUGCACAGGGACUACCCCACUAAGCCAGCUGUUGACCUCAGGCUCCUUUGUAACCUGUGUCUCCAAUAACUGCUACCAGUAGAACAAAACUGGGAUUUGAGUUUGACCCUGUCUGCCAUCCCUCAGCUGGUAUAUGAGCAAUGAGAAUAAAGCUCAUUUAUGUGUGUGUAUUAGAAACAAAGUAAGGGCCCAGGAUAGUGGCAGCAUAAAGGAAAUAAAAAAAUAAAGGUUAAUUUUUUUUAAAUUUUAGUUUCCUGAGGUGGGAUCUGUAGCCUAAAACAUAAGCUGGUCAGGUUUAAGUUUUCAUCCUGGGAAAAUAUACUUGAAGCUGAGGUUUAAUGUUCCUAAUAUAACGAGAAGGUGAAUACAUCGUUAAAUGCUAACGUUUAAUCAGAGCAGAAAUCCAUUGUCACAAAGCACAUGGGUCCUCCUGGCUGCUCUUCAUUGUACCACUGCCUGUGUGUCCCUGAGGAACUUGGUGCGAGCAUCAGUACUGCUCAGAUCAGGGGUCCCGGCUGGAAGCAAGGUUUCAUGAGGAUAUGAGAGAACUGCAGUGUUUGUUAGCAUUUCUUAAUGCUUUGUAUGACCUUUGUGCAAUUAUAGAAAGUUCAGUUUGGACAAAACGCUGUUACUUUUUUAAGGCUCUAUCCCCUGAAAAUAGGUAUGUCAUUCCCCAACAGGGGAAAAGCAUUUAUUACUGUCAUUUUAAAAAUAAGCAAUAAAACAAUAUAAAAGUGUAUGGGGGUGUGUUAUUUUCAAAUCUAGACUUUACAGCUUUAAAUGUGAGAAUAUUUAGUUUUACAAAAUAUUUUUUACAGAGGUGGGCCUGGCUGGCUCAGCCAGAGAGCAUGCAACUCUUAAUCUCGAGGUUGUGAAUUCUAACCCCAUGUGGGGGGUAGAGAUUAAUAAACAAAUUUUUAAAAAUAUUUUUUUUUAGGGACGCCUAGGUGGCUCAGCGGUUGAGCGUCUGCCUUCGGCCCAGGGCGUGGUUCUAGAGUCCCGGGAUGGAGUUCUGCCUCGGGCUCCCUAGAAACAGGAGGAGCCCGCUUCUCCUCCCUCUGCUUAUGUCUCUGCCUUUCUCUGUGUCUCUCAUGAAUAAAUAAAUAAAUAGAAUCUUUUAAAAAGUG